AUGGUGCUUGAACAUAAAGCAUUAUGGGCUCUAAAGAUGUUGAACUUUGAUAAUCAAGCAGCUGGAGAAAGAAGGUUCUUGCAACUCAAUGAGUUAGAAGAAUUCAAAUCUCAAGCUUAUAAAAUUGCCAAGAUUUACAAGGAGAAAACAAGGAGAUGGCAUGAUCAAAAGCUGGCAAGAAGAGAGUUUGUAGAAGGGAAGCUAAAGUCAAGAUGGUCUGGACCAUUCACAAUCAUCAAGGCCUGUCCUUAUGGUCAUGUAGAGCUUAUGGAUGACAAAACACAGAGGACUUUCACUAUCAAUGGCCACAAACUCAAGCACUACUUAGGAGACUCACUAGAUGAGCAAAGAGUGAACUAUAACAUCAGCUGA